AUGUCGCCUAUCUGCCUGCCCUUGGGCGAAGUGAGGUCCAUGGGCCUACCUAUGGGCGAAAAGUGGCCCACGGGAAUAGCAACAUGCGUGUACAACACCCCUCUAGUCAAACCAGGAAUACCAACAUGCGUGUACAACACCCCUCUAGUCAAACCAGGAAGACCAACAUACGUGUACAACACCCCUCUAGUCAAACCAGGAAUACCAACAUGCGUGUACAAUACCCCUAUAGUCAAACCAGGAAUACCAACAUGCGUGCACUAUAUCCCUCUACUCAAACAAGGAAUAGCAACAUGCGUGUACAACACCCCUCUUGUCAAACCAGGAAUACCAACAUGCGUGUACUAUAUCCCUCUUGUCAAACCAGGAAGACCAACAUACGUGUACAACACCCCUCUAGUCAAACCAGGAAUACCAACAUGCGUGUACAAUAUCCCUAUAGUCAAACCAGAAAUACCAACAUGCGUGCACUAUAUCCCACUUGUCAAACCAGGAAUACCAACAUGCGUGUACAACACCCCUCUUGUCAAACCAGGAAUACCAACAUGCGUGUACUAUAUCCCUCUUGUCAAACCAGGAAUACCGUCAUGCGUGUACAACACCCCUCUAGUCAAACCAGGAAUACCAACAUGCGUGUACAACACCCCUCUAGUCAAACCAGGAAUACCAACAUACGUGUACAACACCCCUCUAGUCAAACCAGGAAUACCAACAUACGUGUACAACACCCCUCUAGUCAAACCAGGAAUACCAACAUGCGUGCACUAUAUCCCUCUUGUCAAACCAGGAAUACCAACAUGCGUGUACAACACCCCUCUAGUCAAACCAGGAAUACCAACAUGCGUGUACAAUAACCAUAUAGUCAAACCAGGAAUACCAACAUACGUGCACUAUGUCCCACUUGUCAAACCAGGAAUACCAACAUGCGUGUACAACACCCCUCUUGUCAAACCAGGAAUACCAACAUGCGUGUACUAUAUACCUCUUGUCAAACCAGGAAUACCAACAUGCGUGUACUAUAUACCUCUUGUCAAACAAGGAAUACCAACAUGCGUGUACAACACCCCUCUAGUCAAACCAGGAAAACCAACAUGCGUGCACUAUAUCCCUCUAGUCAAACCAGGAAUACCAACAUGCGUGCAGUAUAUACCCCUAGUCAAACAAGGAAUACCAACAUACGUGAGACUGCCCUCAUUGAACUGA